AUGGCCGCUCCCAAGAUUACACUCUACUUCGACGUCGUGAGCCCGUUCGCUCAUAUAGCGUUCCAUGUAUUGAAACACUCUCCCACAUUUGCCAAGUGCGAUAUCACAUAUGUGCCCAUUUUCCUGGGUGGGUUGUUGAAGGCAUGCGAGAAUCCUCCGCCCAUCCGGAUCAAGAAUAAGGCGCAAUGGAUCAACCAAGAACGGCUCCGCUGGGCCCGCUACUUCUCCGUUCCCAUUGUUGAACAAACACCGGCAGGCUUUCCGUCCCUGACUGUGGCACCGCAGCGUGCUCUGUGCGCCAUCUCGCAAAAGGCGCCGGAACGCUUUGUUCCCGCUGUCGAGGCGCUCUUUCAGUCCUACUGGGUCGAAGCGAAUAGCCAGAUCGGACAACCUGAGGGAUUCGGCCCCGUCCUGGAGAAAGUGCUCGGCAAAGAAGGCGCACAGCAGAUCCUCAACGCUACGAGCCAAGACGAGGUCAAAUCGCUCUUGUCGGACAACACUGACCGUGCAUUCCAGACCGGUGCCUUUGGGCUUCCCUGGUUUGAGUGCACCAACUCCAAGGGUGAAAAAGAAGGGUUCUGGGGAAUUGACCAUCUGGGCCAAGUCGCCGAGUUCUUGGGAUUGGACCGCAGUCUGGACAACGGUUUCCGGGCGGUGCUGUAG